ACGUAAGGCGAGGGUGUUUGGUAUGCUCUUGGACAGGGCAGCUUGUUCGUGGUAAUUCAAGUUUUGACCGUCUAACAAUAUUGUUGUACUGUCGUUGUCUCUUGCAAAAGAAGUAAUUCACCUUUACGAGAGUCGUGAAAUCUCGCUGAAUUUGAGUUAGCCGCUCGUAGAAUGGCUGCAGUAUUUGAUAUCGAAUUGCACGAUGCGGAUAUAGUAAACAGGGACGAGUCUGACGAUGAUGUGAUCGAGAUUGGCGAGAUCGGAAGGUGUCGAAACGGUAGCUAUAUCGGAACAGAAUGUGAAUCGCGGACGAGAAAGAGCUGGCCCGCAGGAUUUUGAACUUUGUAAAGUUAUUGGAAAGGGUGGUUAUGGCAAGGUCUUUCAAGUUCGUAAAAUAACGGGUAAUGACAGCGGGACAAUCUUCGCGAUGAAGCAUCCUUUCAUCGUAGACCUUAUGUAUGCUUUCCAAACUGGUGGAAAAUUGUAUCUAAUUUUGGAAUAUAUGUGUGGUGGUGAACUAUUUAGACACUUGAAUGAUGAAGGCAUUUUUCUUGAAGAAACUGCUUGGUAUGUGAAACAGCAACAUCCCUCUAAUUACACUUUAAUUAGAUUUAAAACCAGAAAAUAUCUUGUUAGAUGCAGAGGGACAUAUAAAAUUGACUGAUUUUGGUUUAUGUAAAGAACAUAUACAAGAUGGUACUGUUACACACACAUUCUGUGGCACUAUAGAAUAUAUGGCUCCAGAAAUUCUAACAAGAAGUGGACAUGGUAAAGCAGUAGACUGGUGGAGUCUUGGAACUUUAAUGUACGAUAUGCUUACGGGUUCAGUAAGUGUCAUUAGAGAUAUUGAACCUCCAUUUACAUCUGAUAAUAGAAAGAAAACUAUUGAAAAGAUUUUACGUGGAAAACUAAAUCUUCCACAAUAUCUAACUCCUGAUUCUAGAGAUCUCAUCCGAAAGUUGUUGAAGAGACAAGUAUCACAAAGAUUAGGAUCUGGUCCAUCUGAUGCAGAACAAAUAAAAAAUCAUCAAUUUUUUAAGCAUAUCAAUUGGAACGAUGUAAUUUCUCGAAAAUUAGAACCGCCUUUUCGACCGACAUUGGCGAGUGAAGAUGAUGUAUCACAGUUUGAUAAAAAAUUUACAACAUCUGCACCAAUUGAUUCUCCCGCAGAAUAUACGUUAAGUGAAUCUGCAAAUAGAGGUUUCACUUAUGUGGCACCUAGCAUACUAGAGGAUAUGUAUUCACAACCACGAGUAAUAAAUGCUAGAAGUCCACGUAGAGGCAAUAUGCGUGGUUUUUCUCCUCGAGGAACACAUUUUCAUAUACACAAUAAUCAUGUACAAAGUCAUAGACAUAAUGGAGUUGGGCAUGGCAACAUGGAAGAUACAGAAAUGAUUGAAAUAGGCUAACUGCCACUUUUUUUAUAGUGAAAAAUGCUUAGCAUUUCGGCCUAACUGUUGAAUAUGACCAAUCCUUGUGUCUCAGGGAGGGAUUUUAUAAAAUAUAGAUGGAGUAGCAAAAGGAUAGGUCUAAUAAUCCAGUGCUUCAUUGGAUAUUCAGCAGUUAAAUUUAGCUAAUUUUUUUUUUUAAUCAAAUCUAAUUAUAAUAAAGGUCUAAUUAUAAUAAACUAAUUAAGAUUGUGCUUUAAUAGCAGCGAUGCAGCAGUUAUUUGGUAGCAUAUAAUAAAAUAUAUAUAAACUUUUCUUAAUUAUUUUAAGUUUCGAAACCUAAAAUGAUUAAAAAAAGUUUUAUUUACUUAUUUUGUCGUUGCUAACUGUAUACUGAACAUAUAACAAAAUGCAUUUUUCGCAUACAUUAUAGUCAAAAUACUGCAUACGUUUCAUUGACCCGUUAAUACGUAAUUACUUAUUGUGUUUUUUGUACAUACAAUAAGCAGGUUGGUUGGAUAUUCAUAUAUAGAUAUAUAUAUAUAGAAUAUAUGUAUAGAAAGAAAGAGAGAGAUACAUACAUACGUCAUUUAUGCUAAGUGCGACAGACUGAAAAAAUUCCAGCACUUUUAGAGAUUCAUAAAUUAUACUGUUAAUACACAAGUUUGAGGUUCAACCAUCCUGUAAUACUUGUAAAUUUAAAAGUUCGUACAUGGCGCGUGUACACAUACUUAAGUGUAAUUAAUUCAAGAAAAGUAUAUAUAUAUAGAACAGAUAAAAGACAGAUAGACUUAAAUAACGAAGACUCAUGAUUCACAGCUGCCACAACCGCUCCGCCGCUCAAAAUUUCAUAUCUGAUUGUUCAUUUACAAAAAUAUUUUCAGCAGUAAUAACGUUUCCAUGGCAAUAAUGUAAACAAUAACGUAUUUGCAUGAUAGUGAUAGAAAAGAAUGUUUACGUAAUACUACAACGGAAUUGCAGUUUUACAAUUGAAAGUUCCUAAAGAAGUGUGAGUUGAAAACAGUGCAAUUUGUAUUCAAAACAUAUAAAUAUUAUUUGUAGAAGUUCUUGUUAAUUUAGGUAUUUGAAUGCCUUAGAAAAAAAAAGAGGGGAAAGGAAAUUUUUGUUGUAAUUUUAUGUAUUAAUGAAAACAAAUAAAAGCGAGUUACCAUGGUAACAAUGUUACUGCGAAAUGCUAACUUUCCAUAACAACCAAAAACAUAUUUUUCGUAUUUAAUGCUCAUGUAUGCUGUUUAGUCUGACAUUGUAUGGCAAUUUAUUUAAGUAUCUAUUUGUUACGUCAAUAUUUAUAUAUUACCGAAAAUUAAUAUAUUGGUUUUGAUGUAUACACGAUACAUGAUAGUAAAGAUUUAACAAAAAAAAAAAAAUAGUGUAAAGA